GGACAAGCACUUUGCGACAACACACUCGUCGCAAGGAGCCGGAAGGAGCAGGCCUCAUGCGCCUAUUUGCGACUUCCGCAGAGCCCACAUUGGCUCAAAAAAAACAGGAUGGCAAAAAAGACCGCCAUGUGGUGCUGCAAAGAUUUGCGGCCCUUCAAUGUGGUAGCCGACGAGGGUUUUAUAGACGUUGUGCAAGAAGCGUAUGACAUGGGCGCAGCUGUGGGCAAGGCUAUGCAGAUGGGAAAGGUGAUCCCGGUCCCCAACACUGUCAAACGCCGUGUUCUCGCGACAGCAUCCUCUGCCCGUGAAAAGAACAGCCUAAGUAAAACGCUCAAGCAGGAAAAUGUGACACGGUGGAACUCAUUGUUGAUUUCCCUGAAUAGCGUUUUGGAUAGCUAUGACGAAGUCACAGCUGUCCUCGCUAGGCUUGCCAACACUAAUAGGCAGGCCAAUAAACAAUUCCUCAUCACACAAAUUGACAAGAACUCGCUUGCGGAGCUCACAAGGUUCUUGAAAUGGUUUCAGAUUGCCACCCUGAGGCUGGAGCAGUAUUUGGAACCGACGCUACACCUUGUGGCUUUCGAGCGCAGUGCUCUGAUGGAGUACUGCAAACCAUGCCAUGAGCCAUACAACGGUGAGGACGCUGAUGGUAAUAAGUUUACUAUCCCAUCAGAUUCGGAAGACAUCAUCGCCAUCAAGAUGCUAACGAAGGAUGUGUUGCAGGAGAAAUGGAUUGUGGAAGAUCUGCAUAUUGCUGCAGCUUUACUUGAUCCUCAACAGAAGGACAGGUUGGACCGUUUUGGUUUUUCGGAAGGCCAGAUUGAGCGAGGAAAGAACUGUUUGAUAGAGAUCAUGCAGAAUGUGAAAGACACAAGUGCUGAAGCAAGUGAACAACCUGCAGCAGCGGAGGGAAAGCGGCCAGCGAAACGAAGGAAGAAAGCGCCUACAAGAGAAGUCCCCGACGAGUUAACGUUGUGCGGCACAGAUGAAGAUGAGGACGAGGAACUGCCCAUCGCUUCCAUGAGACCCCUGACGUUGAUACAACGCGUGAAGGAGUUGGAAUUCUACUUUGGCUUGAAGCUGACGAAAGACGAGAAGAAGAAGUUCGACAUAUUAGUGUGGUGGAAGGUGAAGGGGACAGUUGCAAAGAAUGCAGAGGACCAGUUGCUGAUCACACCUCCACCGAUCAUGGCGCGUGCUGCUCGAGCAAUCCUGUGUGUUCCUGCGUCGAGUUCCAAGAGCGAGUGCAAUUUCUCAGACGCAGGAAACACUGUCACAAAAAAAAGAAACCAGCUCAAUCCAUUCGUGGUGGAUAGUGUCCUUUUUGUUCGUUCCAACUAUGAUGUGCUGAACUGAUGCAAAUUUUCUACCUUUGGAGGCUAGAUAGUUUGCUGGAUUUCAGCCACGCUCACAGUGUUGUGGCUUUGCAGCAUCA